AUAAGUUUAGGUAUAACUUCCAAAGUAAUACGGGGCAACUUUUGUUUAAUUAUUCUCAAAUGUCAUAUAGCAAUAUUGAUAUCUUCAUAAUUACUGUCCAAAGUUGAUCAAAACAUCCCAUACAUCUUCACUUACCUGAAGGGCAUUACUUUGACGACCUACUAACCAAGAUCUCUUAUCUUUAAUCUCCUUGUCUACCUACCUACUACACAUCCAUGGAAAAGUCCGCAGAAUCCACCGAGCCUGAGCCAUCGUCGCCCCUCGCAGUCUUGACUGGUGAGACUCCAGAGCAUCAUGUAACACUGCCGCCUUAUUCUGGGCCUUCUAUCCCAUCAAGUGCUGUUUCCGCUUCGGCUUCACAACCCGCAACCGCCCAUAAAAUCCCAGCACGCUUUCCUGGACUACCGCGAGUUGAUUACCGUCUUUACUCUCCCCCUCUCUUCAAACUCUCCAACGACUAUAAGAUUCUCUCAUCGCGUGCGGAAUAUCUAUCGGCCAAACCUGAGGCGCUUGUAGCUCUCAUCCGCGCACAAGCCUCAGUGCCUCCCAAGCCCCAGAUUCACAUUCGGGGUAGUCGGGGGCGCAAAGUCGACUUUGACAUCAAACUUAACCUUAUGAGCCUACUAGUCCCGGAUGAUGAUAGCCAGCGUUUAGACUACAUUCGAUGUGUUGGCGAUGGGGAGCUAGCUUACCGUGGAGGUCUCAAACCCGAUGUCCUUCCUGAAGUCAGCGAUGCUGGGUUGGAUGAAUGGUGCCGCCGUUUCGUUCAGGAUCCUGCUUCUGUCAAACUCUUUACGCUCGAACGAGUGGUCACAAAUCUCGAUACAGCAUGGCUUGAAGGACAAUUCCGCAGCCUCGUGGCAGCACUCAACUACCGUGGCAUAGUUGAUGUCAGCUUCGUGGUUACCCAUAGCCGUGUCGUUAUACAGAACCCGGACAAAGUCAAUCAGUUCUUCACUAGUGUGACCAGCCUGUUCUCUGGCAAACACAAAUAUGAAGUGGCCAAAGCCGUCUGGCCAUUUGCUACAGCGAAGAACGGGGAGCCUGACAGAAGGUGUAUUGUUCAGAGUGAGGAAACUUGGUGGAGAGAGUGGAGGGAUCCAAUCAAGUAUGCUAUCUCACAGAAGCGUCACGGUUGGGUCACAGUCGAAGACAAACUUGAAGCUCUAAUGGAAGGCAAGGGGCAUGAAACAGGAAUUAUUGAUUGGGGGCCGGAGAACAUGGGAUAAUGUGCUGCGUAUUACGGAAUCUCAAUGAGGUGUUCGUCAAGUGAACGGCCGACUGCUCCAAGGGCUACAGCAUAGGCCCUUUUUAAUGUUGUAAUAUUUUGACAGAUGAUAUUAAUAAGUGACUCAUAACAACGACAAAUGUAAUGCUGAUGAUAUAGCACCUUUUUACUUACUGUCGACCCGGGCAUGGUCUAUAGCCAGCUGAAGAUGUCUUCAAUUGACCAGUUUGAUAUUCUUCAUACUCACGCAUAACUCACA